AUGCCUCCGCUUACCUCACUCUACCUUGUCUGUGCUCUUCUCCUCUCUCUACACCUCGCCGCCAUUCUCACUCUCACCCGAAACUCCACCACCUCCGCCGCCACGUCAGCACCGACCACCGCCAACACAACAACGGCAACAAUAAUUUCAGACCCUAUUUUACUACCUCCUAGCAAACCACUCACAAGACCCACAAUCAAGAACCGUACAACCGGCCCGCUGCCGCCGGCGACCCAAUUCCCGGCCGAAGGCGACGGCGACGACGCGGCGCUCCUCCGGCUCGCUUCCCGGGCCGACUCGAUUUCGGACCCGAAACCCGGCUGGAAGCUCGCCUUCAUGUUCCUAACCACGGGCCCCUUACCAUUCGCGCCCCUCUGGGAGUUGUACUUCGCACGCGCCCCCAAGAGCGCGUACAACAUCUACGUCCACGCCGACCCCGGCGGCAAUUACUCGACGCCGUUCUCCGGCGUGUUCUCCGGCCGUGUCGUCCCCUCCAAGCCCACGCGCCGCCGCACCCCCACCCUCGCCGCGGCUGCUCGCAGGCUGCUCGCCCACGCGCUCCUCCACGACGGGGCCAACUCCAUGUUCGUCCUCCUCUCGCCGUCCUGCGUUCCCCUGCACUCGUUCCGGUUCACGCGCCGGGUCCUGCGGAAAUCGGGCAGGAGCUUUGUGGAGAUACUAGACGAGGAGCCCGGCGCGUACGAGAGGUGGGCGGCGCGUGGAGAGGAAACGAUGCUUCCCGAGGUGGAGUUCGAGGACUUUCGGAUCGGGUCGCAGUUCUGGGCCCUGACCCGGAAUCACGCGCGGGUCGUCGUGGGGGAUACUCGCCUGUGGCCAAAGUUCCGGCGGCCGUGCCUGGACGACAACAUCUACAUUUGUUACACGGAGGAGCAUUAUUUCCCUACGCUGCUGAGUAUGGUGGACCCCCGGGGGUGCGUGCCCUGCACGCUCACGCACGUGGACUGGAGCUACAAUUACCACGGCCACCCACGGACGUAUAAUGCGAGUGAAGUGGGCCGGGAGCUGAUAUUGGGCCUGAGGAGGAUGAGGCCCAGAUACGGUGACGAGGAGUUUGAGGGGCCCGAUCCCUCGUCUGUGAGCGUCUCAGCCGUCGAAGAAGAUGGGCCUGGGUUCAGACCCGGUGACCGGAAAUCGGACCGCUUGGACUCGCCGGCUCGUGUGAGGAGGAGGAGAAGGAAGCGACCCCACCCGUUUUUGUUCGCCAGAAAAUUCUCACCGGAGUCGCUCGACCCGUUGAUGAGUAUAGCUGACGACGUCAUAUUCAGAGAUUGA